GAGCUAGUGUUUGGGCUGUUAGACUUAUGUUAGAACAUUAGGUAAAAGUGUUUCCAAGUCUUGUAUUGCCUUUCAGAAGAAGUGUCAAGAUGAAUAAGAUGGGGGGAAAAUUAGUUGGAAAUUCAAAGCCCAAAAGAGCAAUUAGUCAAGUUGUAAGAGUUGCAGGAACAGUUCUGUUAGGAAAGAAAGGGGGACCUCUAUCUUCAUAAUCUACAGAAAGAGCCAAUCCAGCACAAAUGUGUGAAAAUGCAGAGAACCUAGGAAAAACAAGCAUGGACUAAAGUCAAUAUGGGACUGCUUACCCUGGCAAUGCGCUGUUAUUUUGUGGGAUUUAAACAUUGCUCACAUGCCUGGUCCUCAAACCAAAGGAGUUUGUCCUGCGGAGCAGCGUUGGCAGCACUGUAACAAGCAGUCUCCAAAGCCUAGCAUUCUGGAUGGAAAUUGUUUAUAUUGAGUGGAAAAAAAUGAAGCAAAACAAAUAUUGUGCUAUGAAGGCUGGCAUUCUAAGAAGCUUUCACAUCUAACUAUUGCAUUAUCGUUCUCAUUUGUGAUCACUGAGCGAUUGAUGAGCUGGAACGACCCAUAACAACUGUAUACAUGCCUUUGGAAAUGGAUCAGAAAAUUAGCAAGCAUACUUUUGGGUGCCAGCGAAGUUCCACUUCAGAUGAUGACUCUGGUUGUGCCAUGGAAGAAUACACAUGGGUUCCUCCAGGUCUUCGGCCUGAACAGGUUCAGCUAUACUUCGCUUGCCUGCCUGAAGCGAAAGUCCCCUAUGUAAAUAGUGUUGGUGAGAAGUGUAGGAUCAAGCAGCUCUUGUACCAGCUCCCUCCACAUGACAAUGAGGUGCGAUAUUGUCAGUCAUUGAGUGAAGAAGAAAAGAAGGAAUUGCAGAUGUUUAGUGCACAACGCAAAAAGGAGGCCCUUGGCAGAGGAAAUAUUAAGAUGUUAUCACGGGCUGUGAUGCAUGCUAUGUGUGAAAAGUGCGGAGAGAAGAUUAAUGGAGGUGAAAUUGCAAUUUUUGUUUCAAGAGCUGGCCCGGGGGUGUGCUGGCACCCAUCAUGCUUUGUUUGUUCCACAUGUAAUGAGCUACUUGUUGAUCUCAUCUACUUCUACCAAGAUGGAAAAAUACACUGUGGAAGGCACCAUGCUGAACUACUUAAGCCAAGAUGCUCGGCUUGUGACGAGAUAAUAUUUGCAGAUGAGUGCACUGAAGCUGAAGGUCGCCAUUGGCACAUGAACCAUUUCUCUUGCUACGAGUGUGAAACAGUGCUUGGGGGACAGAGAUACAUCAUGAAAGAUGGUCGGCCAUUUUGCUGUGGUUGCUUUGAGUCUCACUAUGCAGAGUACUGUGAAUCCUGUGGAGAACAUAUAGGAGUGGAUCACGCACAAAUGACCUACGAUGGGCAACACUGGCAUGCUACAGAGACCUGUUUUUCUUGUGCCCAGUGUAAAGUUUCACUACUGGGUUGCCCUUUCUUACCCAAAAAGGGGCGGAUUUAUUGUUCCAAAGCUUGCAGUUUGGGAGAGGAUGUGCAUGCAUCGGACUCAUCUGACUCUGCCUUUCAGUCUGCAAGAUCAAGAGAAUCUAGAAGAAGUGUACGAAUGGGCAAGAGUAGCAGGUCUGCUGAUCAGUGCAGACAAUCUCUGCUAUUAUCUCCUGCUUUAAAUUAUAAGUUUCCAGGAAUGUCUGGCAAUGCUGACGAUACUCUGUCUAGGAAGAUGGAUGAUCUCAGUAUAUCAAGGCAAGGCGCAGGAUUUGAUAAUGACUUCUGGAAAGCAAGAGAUGAGCAGGAGACUCCAGAGGACCACGAAGAAUGGGCUGAACAUGAUGAUUAUAUGACUCAGUUGCUCCUGAAAUUUGGAGAAAAGGGUCUGUUUCAGCAGGCACCCGAAGAUAAUAGAUCUAAUGAGCACUGGAUGUCCGACAAUAUCAAAGGCAAAAAUGAUUUACAGAGAAACAGCCGUAAUCAAAGCUUAGCUAGUAAAAAAUAUCAAAGUGAUAUGUACUGGGCCCAGUCACAGGAUGGACUUGGAGAUUCUGCAUAUGGUAGCCAUCCUGGUCCUGCUAGCAGCCGAAAGCUACAAGAACUGGAUAUGGAUCAUGGAGCUUCAGGUUACAUGCAUGAGAAGAUGCCAUGGUAUAAACGUUCAUUGGAAUGUUUGUCGGAUAAUCUGAAACCCCAGAAUGAGAACAUCUGCGACUCUAUGGAUUCUUUAGCACUGUCUAAUAUAACAGGAGCAUCCGUGGAUAGAGAAAACAAGCCACGACCUUCACUAUUUUCCUACCAGAAUUUUCAAGACCUAAAUACCAGGGAUUGUGAGAAAAUGAGCAAUAUGGGAACUCUUAAUUCAUCCAUGCUGAACAGAAGCACAGAGUCUUUGAAAAGUUUAAAUUCUGAGAUUUGCCAGGAAAAGCCACCCCCAGAGGAGAAGCCGAUGCACACGUCUGCACUCAGAAGGUCCAAAUCCCAGACACGGCCUCAGGUCAAAUUUUCAGAUGACGUAAUUGAUAAUGGAGACUGUGGUAGCAUAGACAUCCGUCAGCCACCCAUGAGCGAAAGGAGUCGGAGAAGAGUUUACAACUUUGAAGAGCGAAGCCAAAGGCCUCAUCAUCACCGGCGGCGGAAAAGCAGGAAAUCUCGUUCUGAAAAUGCACUUCAUCUUGCUACAGAAAGCAAGCCAUCCGGGAGAGAAAGAAAUCCUCGUUUUUACACUGCAGAGGAUUAUGAGAAACUUUUUCAUAAUAGAUCUGCUCAUGAGGUCCAGGCGUAUAUUCAAAAUGCUGACCUCUUUGGACAAUACCCAAAUGCUGCUUCUAAUUUUGGACUGCCCAGCCAAGUUGUGGAUAAAUUCCUUGGGUUAUAUGGUGAAGAUGAAGAUUCUUGGUGCUCAACCUGUUCCUCAUCCUCUUCUGAUUCUGAAGAGGAGGGCUAUUUUCUUGGCCAGCCUAUUCCCAAGCCCCUGCCACAGAGAUAUCAGUAUUUUUCCGAUGACUUGUGUAGUCCAACAAAUGCACUAUCCAGUUCUCAGUUUAGUCAAAGGACCACUAAAUCCAAGAAGAAAAAGGGGCACAAAGGCAAAAACUGCAUUAUUUCCUAAGACUUUUUGUUUGUCGGAUCAUUCCCAAUCAUUUUAAAGUCCUGUGAAAAUUGCAUACUGACAUCAUCAGCCCAAAACAGAACAAAAGUGUUUCUUCCCUUUGUAAUUUAUCCCAUUGUGAAAUGCGUUGCCAAUGUGCCAAACAAUCCAAGUGGUGUUUACAUUGAACAGUUACCAUUGAUGGUUUUCGCAGAAUUAAGGAGUGGGUCCCAGGUUUACAUUUGAAGGUUUGAUGUUUUAGAUCAUAGGGCACCAUGCUGUAGUUUAACAUUAGGCUUGCUAGCAUAUGCUUUCAAUUUUAACCGUCAUGAAAUGUGCAGAAGACUCCACUAUUUUUGUCCACUGUUGACUCAAAUGACUAUUUGAACAGAUUCCUUAAUUGCCUUUCUUUUUUAUAUUGUUCUAGUGUUUAUAAUUCAAAGUCUGAAUUUACACAUCACUAUGGUUUGUUUUCCCAUGAUUUGUAUUCAUUUGCUUGGUAUAUUGGACUGAUUUCAGUAUGCAUUCUUUUUUCAGUUAUCCAUUUUUAAAUAUCUUAAACACCUACUGUAUAAUUGUCUAGCUCACAGCCUACUCACUCUCCCAGCAUCCCUCAGCAGCCUUAAUGGAAUUGCCUGGUAAGUUGCAGUUUUCAGCCAAAUUAGUCCGUUUUUGGCAUUUGUGAGUGUGGCCUAAAACAUUCAUUCUGAGUCAAGAAUUUAUAUUGGCAGAACAAGUAUUAAAUCACCCAGGUGCUGUGAAAGGUGCCUAUUUGGGUGAUCCCUCAGAAAUUGGCCUUUAUUUACACGCAGUCUGCUUUUGCAGCCCUUGGGCAAACCAGUUGAGUUUCUCCACUUUUAGCCCAUGUAUGUCCUGCUGUAGGAUGCUGGGGAGAUGAAGUUGCAGCUUCCAGUGGGAAGGGUGUGACUCUGGCAUGCUUGGCCUAUUGCUAUGCACAUGCUGAUGGUAAACGUAGAGGACAAUGGCACACAGGGAGCAUUUUGCCCCCCUCCCCGCCCACUAAUCAUUGCGGGAACAGAACACUUGGAACCUGGCCUUGUGCCACUACCCUAAUCAUCUUUGCAUUUCCUAGAAAACCUUUACACCAAGCUAAAUGUAGUAUAUUUUGCUGCAAGUUAUUUAUAAUGUAGCCUUUUAAUAAAUCCAGCUCUAAUUUAAUUGUGCAAAUAAUAAUUGUAUAUAUUGUAUAUGUUAAAUGCAGAACCUGUUAUUUUUAUAUCACGCAUCUAUAAGAUAUCACUGACAAAAGGCCUCUCCGCUGUGUAAGAUUUCUCUUUCCUGUGUUUUUUUUUUUUUAAUGUCCUAUGUUUUUACAAUACGCCGUCACAUUUUUGCAGUAUUUGAUUAUCAGGGAUCUGCUCCCUUGUUAUUGCUUGUUCUAUGCUGGAGAGGCAUUGGUGUAAAUACUAAAUCCCACAGGGAAUAUUUCCAGGUUAAUUUAUGGCUCAAUAUAACAAUUUUAAGGUUGAACAGGAAAAAUGAAAACCUUAAUUUUAUUGGAUGAACCAUAGUCCUAGGUAUUCCUUUUAAACUCAUGUUUAGGUGCCUCAUUGUAUUGUUCCAGUAUUUCUUAAAGACUGAGUCAGUUCUCUGAAUUAAAAUAAAACCAAUUUACCAUGCUUUUAA